CCUUUUUAUCGAAAAUUGAAGAAAACCAUUAGAAAUGGAAAUUAUUAACAAGUUCAUCAUAUCAGUUUCACUUUCUUUGGUUUUGAUUCUACGCGCUACUGAGAGUUUUGAUUACCAUGAGAAAGAGCUGGAGUCGGAGGAGGGACUGAAGGGUAUGUACGAUAGGUGGAGGGCUCACCAUAACAUGGCAGAAGUAAGCCAUGAAGAGAAAGCUCAGCGAUUCAAUGUUUUUAAGGCUAAUGUGCAACAUGUUCACAAGUCAAAUAAGAUGAAUAAGGCAUAUACAUUGAAGUUGAACAAGUUUGCUGCCAUGACUAACCACGAGUUUAGGAACUCAUAUGCUGGGUCUAAGAUAAGCCAUUAUCGGGCCCUCCAAGGACCUCGUAAGGUAAAUUCAACUUUUAUGUAUCAGGAUGCUGCUAAUCUCCCACCUAGCGUUGAUUGGAGGACUCAAAACGCCGUCACCCCUGCCAAAAAUCAAGGCAAAUGUGGAAGUUGUUGGGCGUUUUCAACAGUGGUUGCAGUAGAAGGAAUAAACGCAAUUAGAACCGGCGAAUUGGUAUCAUUAUCGGAGCAACACCUUAUAGAUUGUAACAGGCUUUCCAACAAUGGAUGUGAUGGAGGAUUAAUGGAACCGGCAUUUUUAUUCAUAAAAAAUCAUGGAGGUCUGGCUACAGAGCUCAACUAUCCUUAUACAUGCAAAAAAGGAAUUUGUGAUCAAGCAAAGAUCGGGAAUCAAGUGGUAACGGUGGAUGGAUUUGAAGAUGUACCUCAGGGCGAUGAGGAUGCAUUACUAAAAGCAGUUGCCCACCAGCCUGUAUCUAUUGCCAUGGAUGCCAAUGGUCAUGAUGUCCAGUUCUAUUCGCAGGGAGUUUUUACUGGAAGAUGUACAACGGAUGUGAAUCAUGGGGUAGCAAUAGUCGGAUAUGGGGAAACACCAGAAGGAAUGAAGUAUUGGAUAGUGAAGAACUCGUGGGGACCCGAAUGGGGAGAGGAUGGUUUCAUACGGAUACAACGAGGAGUUCUAGACAAGGCGGGGCUAUGUGGCGUCGCCAUUGAGCCUUCUUAUCCUCUUAAAAACUCUAAUUUAUCCAUUAGGACUGAACUCUGAUGAAAUAA